UAAUCGCACUAUAAGCAUAUUUGAAAUUAAGUGUACAAUAGAGUAGACUGAAGUCAUGAAAAUUUUGCUAUUACUAAUUGUGGGGGUAGCUAUCCUGAACUUCGCGAUGGGUAGGCCUUCUGGAGGGAAUGAAUCAGUGGAGACACCAGAGGAGACACCAGAGGAGACACCAAAGAAGACACCAGAGGAGACACCAAAGGAGACCCCAAAGGAGACACCAAAGGAGACACCAAAGGAGACACCAGAGGAGACACCAAAGGAGACACCAAAGGAGACACCAAAGGAGACACCAGAGGAGACACCAAAGGAGACACCAAAGGAGACACCAGAGGAGACAAACCCACCAACUGGUUCAUCCCCACCGGCUGGUUCAUCCCCACCAGCUGGUUCAUCCCCACCGACUGGUUCAUCCCCACCGGCUGAUGUUGCACCAGCGCCACCAGCAAAUAAUAACGCUAGAAGAAGACUUGUAGCAAUAAGAAGACGUCAGGCUAGACAACGCGCUCAAAGAAGAAGACAACGUGCUGCUAGGAGAAGGAGACGCCAACAAAGCAGAAGGAGACAGCAACGCAGGAGAUCCAACCGCGGUGGCAGAAGGAGAUCCAAUCAGCGUGGCAGAAGAAGAUCCAACUAAGGGGGUAGAAGAAGGCUCUGAGUCAACUAAAAAUAUCCUCCUGCUUCGAUUGACAUUUUGAAAAAUACAGCAAUGCUCAAUAAAAUAAAAUAUGUACAUAUA